ACUGGGUUUGAAUGUGGCUUCGACCAUAAAAAGCGAGCCGUCAUGUUUCUGUCCCUCCCUCUCUGCCUCUGUCCGUCGGCUAGGCUGCCGCUGCACUCAACCUCCCCGCAACAAAACACCCGAAGAGAACCAUGUCUGAGAAACUUCCCUACAAAGUUGCUGACAUCAGCCUGGCCGAUUGGGGGCGCAAGGCCAUCGAAAUUGCAGAGAAUGAGAUGCCCGGUCUGAUGAAGAUGAGGGAGCUGUACGGUAAGAGCAAACCUCUGAAGGGCGCACGCAUCGCCGGCUGCCUCCACAUGACCCUGCAGACCGCCGUGCUCAUCGAGACGCUCACCGCCCUCGGAGCUGAGGUUCAGUGGUCGAGCUGUAACAUCUUCUCCACUCAGGAUCACGCUGCUUCCGCCAUCGCCAAGGCUGGUAUCCCAGUGUACGCCUGGAAAGGUGAGACCGAUGAGGAGUACGUGUGGUGCAUCGAACAGACUCUGUUCUUCAAAGACGGCCAGCCCCUCAACAUGAUCCUGGACGACGGAGGAGACCUCACCAACAUGGUUCACACCAAGUAUCCCAAACUGCUCUCAGGUAUCCGUGGAGUGUCAGAGGAGACGACUACCGGUGUCCACAACCUGUACAAGAUGAUGGCCAAGGGCGAGCUGAAGAUGCCCGCCAUCAACGUCAACGACUCUGUCACAAAGAGUAAGUUCGACAACUUGUACGGCUGCAGGGAGAGUUUGAUCGACGGCAUCAAGAGAGCCACCGAUGUGAUGAUUGCUGGUAAAGUUGCCGUGGUUGCGGGCUACGGUGACGUGGGUAAAGGCUGCGUCCAGGCUCUGCGUGGGUUUGGCGCUCGCGUCAUCGUCACAGAGAUCGACCCCAUCAACGCCCUGCAGGCCGCCAUGGAGGGUUACGAGGUUACCACCAUGGACGAGGCCAGCAAGGAAGGAAACAUCUUCGUCACCACCACCGGCUGUGAGGACAUCAUCUUGGGACGUCACUUUGAAAACAUGAAGGACGACGCCAUCGUCUGCAACAUCGGACACUUUGACUGUGAGAUCGACAUGAGCUGGCUCACCAAAAACGCUGCUGAGAAGGUCAACAUCAAGCCUCAGGUUGAUCGCUUCCUCUUGAAGAACGGUAAUCACAUCAUCGUCCUGGCUGAGGGCAGGCUGGUCAACCUGGGCUGCGCCAUGGGACAUCCAUCCUUCGUCAUGAGCAACUCCUUCACCAAUCAGGUUCUGGCUCAGAUUGAGUUGUGGACAAACACCGCCAAAUACCCCCUGGGAGUCCACUUCUUGCCCAAGAAGCUGGACGAGGAGGUGGCAGCCGCUCACCUGGACAAACUGGGCGUGAAGCUCACCAAGCUGACAGACAAGCAGGCCAAGUACCUGGGUCUACCCUCGGAGGGGCCCUUCAAACCAGACCACUAUCGCUACUGAGCGCCCUGCUCUGCUGGGGAAGAGAAGGAGGAGGUGUUGGUGUUUUUGGGUGGGAGCACUUACAGUUUGGCCAGGUUGCACUAUGAGUGCAGUUUUUGGCUCAGACGUCUAAAUGUCAGCUUUUCAGGGAUACAGCGACAGUAGAGUUUGUUUUAUUCCCCACUUCAGUAGCCUCCACAUCAAGUACUGAAGACAUGUAUUUUUUUUUUUUUCAAGUUACAGCCUGUGUUAAUCAAUGUGAUUUGUUUGGAUGCAACACUUUGUUCUGCUUUUACAAAGACGGAUCAAACCGAAUCUUCCAAACAAAAAGUGGCAUCAAAAAACCUCAACACUGUAUUACAACUGAAAACGUUGUAGUUUGUCUCGUCUCCAUCUUCUUCUGCGCUGACACGCCAAUAUCUUCAGCUCUCGGCUUUCUCUCCUCUCUCUUCCUCGUCGAUACUCUUCUGAAACACCAUCAAGUGCUACUGUGGCUGUUAAAGAGAAUUCCUCUUGUUGUUUGUGUCAUUCCCUCCACUUAUGGAAUAAAAUGAACCCUGAUGCUUUUUGUAUCUGAGCUCUUCUGUCCGUCAUGUUGCGGCGCCAGGUGGCAUCUUUCACGAAUCGAGGCGAACGGUUUAGUGUACAGCAGCCUUAUUCCAGUGUGUUAAUGCCAAUGAAAACCGGAGAUGCUCAUGAAGUGCUCGGUGUGUUGACAGAAUGAUCCGGGUUGAUCGGUAGAGAGUAAAGACGCUUACUGCUGCCAAAGCAACCACCAAAGCACAUCAUGUUUCUGCCUGACGUCUGAAAAUAGUCUUAUUCUUUUCUGUUGCCUCAUUUUAUAUCCUUUUUAAUUGUGAUUUAUUUAAUUGACUUGAAGGGCCAAAUCUUGUGCGGCGGCCCCCCCCCUCGAGUUCCUUUUUAAUUUUUCCACUGUAGCCAAUCAGGAUGAAGUUGAAGUGGUGGCCAUGGUUCAAACGGUUACAGUCUGAAGUGUUGAGUUCAACUGCCUGUAAACGAUGGGAGUGAUGUUGAAACUGUCGAGUUUGACGAUGAAAAAUAAAAACAUGUUGACUCUG